AUAAUAUAUAUUUUUUUACUGAUGAACAAAACAAAAAAAUUUCUCUCAAAUGGUCUAUAACACACCAACGCGACUUAAAUCACCUAUCAAAGGUCCUUGUGAAAAAAUACCUCAGACAAAACGUCCCAUUAGAAUUGGUGCUAGUAUAGAACAAAAACCUUGGAAGCCAACCGUCCGCAGAGGACGUAUAGCAGCAGAAUGUAUACCCGGAAAACCAGCCUAUAGAAGUAUUCCAACAUAUCUGGGAAGCUAUAUAGUUGAUUCUAAGAAAAAGUCUGCACCAGCUUAUUCUUUGGGCAAAAGAAUAACCCGAAAACAAGACUAUACUGAUGAUGGUCCGGAUAAAUUUAAUUUAAGAGGUUUAUGUAAUAAGGGUCUGCAAACGGCACCAGCUUUUACGUUGAAAAGUCGUAGAGCAGAUAUUAAACGAUUCGAAGCGCCACCAGCUAACAAAUAUUCAAUAGAAAAAUCUUUGAAAGCGACAACGAAAACUAUACCGACCUUUUCGUUUGGCAAACGACCAGGCACUAUUAAAACUAUACCUACACCUGGUCCCAAUGUUUACAAUUUACCUCCGGUAUUUGGCACCGCCAAACAAGGUGAAAUAAAAGCUGCACCAGCCUUUACUAUGUUGGGUCGUAAGAAGCCAAGACAAAUUCCCACUUUAAUUCAUCCCGGUCCUGGGGAUUAUGAAAAUAAUUAUCGUUAUUUGCAAAAGUUUUCACCGCGUUAUACUUUACAUAGUAAACACAAAGUUAUAAGCGAUGAACACAUGAAACCGGGACCAGCAGCACAUUGCCCAGAGAAAUAUUUUAAACAUAAAUCCGUAGCGGCCCCUUCAUUUUCAAUACAUCACACACCCUUUUUGGGUCAACGAAAAGCCUAUUUAAUGCAAGCAAAUGUAAUGUGUUCAAAACCAGAAUGGAUUCUUUAAAGGGGUGUUUCAUGCGUAUAGAUUAAUAUAUAUUUUUUUAUUUAAAUGAAAUUGUAAUAAUCACAUCAUUUUGUCCUCUUAA